GAGCGCAGCGCCAGCCGCGGCCCGGCCCAGCCCAGCCCGCCCCGCGCGACGCCAUGUCGGACCAGGAAGCAAAACCUUCAGCUGAGGACUUAGGAGACAAGAAAGAGGGAGAAUACAUUAAACUCAAAGUCAUCGGGCAGGACAGCAGUGAAAUUCACUUCAAGGUGAAAAUGACAACACACCUCAAGAAACUCAAAGAAUCAUACUGUCAAAGACAGGGUGUUCCCAUGAAUUCACUCAGGUUCCUCUUCGAGGGUCAGAGAAUUACUGAUAAUCAUACCCCCAAGGAGCUGGGGAUGGAGGAGGAAGAUGUGAUUGAAGUUUAUCAGGAACAGACGGGGGGUCACUCAACAGUUUAGAUCCUUCUGUUUGUUUUAUUUCCCCUUAAUCCUUUUUUAUUUUUAAAUAAUAGUUCUUUUGUAAUGUGGUGUUCAACACUGAAUUGAAACUGGCACCCCAUCUCUGGGAGUUUUAUUUUCAAGCGUCUGGUAUUUUGACUUCUCGUGCUCAUUAUACACUAUUGUUUCUGUUUUCAUUGUGCUGAACUUUUGUGAUCCAGCUGCAACCCUGCUCCCUUUUUCCCUUCCGCCCUGCCCCUUAGGAAUACACGUACACACACGCGUUUGUAUGUUCACUAGGUUCGUGCGUUUCGGGCACGAAGGGUGUAAGAUCUGCCAGGUGGRCGAGUGUUCUUAAUGACUUCCAUAUCAGCCCUGAAGUUUUGAUGUGUGACUGUUUCACUCCUGGACUAUAACUUUCAGUGCGAGAUGAAGUUUUUCAGAGAACUACACUAUGGAGAAAUUGUGUAUCCAUAAAUCAGAGCUAUUUUGCUUAAAUUGUGCUGAUGGCCCAGCGAAGAUUACCGAGGCAGAAGUGGAGAAGCUAGAACUGUUGUCAUCUGUACUUUGCUCCAGAGAUGGCUUUGCUGAAGACAUAAAAUUGAAAACCCUAAUGAUUCUUAAAUCUUGCCAGAAGAGCCCAGAAGCAUUCUAACUUCAUAUAGCAAAUAGUACCCACAGGUAUUCAUGCAAGAAUGUUCACAGCGAACAGCUGGUGUUACUUUGACACUCUUGUUUGUACCUUUUGGCCUGGGACGUGGGUUUUGAAUGGACAUUGUCUGUACCAGCUUCAUUAAAAUAAACAAGAAAAACGAUUUUAUAAACAAUAAUUUGUAUCUUCUUUUCAAAUAUUUGGAAAUGAGCAAAAACAAAGUGAUAAUGAAAGCAUGCCUUUCUGGUACAUAUGCAUCAAAGGCAGAAAGUGUGCUCUGUAAAUAGGCCUCAUAUAAAAGCAUUUACUUACUUUCCCUUCCCUAGUAAAACACUUGAUCAGUUUGGUUUGUAGAUUAAUUUUGAGACUACUAGCUCUUUAUUGUCUUAUUGUUAGAAUAUUCAUAUAUGGUUAAGCUUCCAUAUAUUCUUAAAGGUUAGACUGAAAAUGCAACUUCGAAGGACAUUCAGAGAGGGUUUACUUAAUGACCAGGUUUCUUUUAAUUGUGGUAUCACAAAAAUAAUCCCUAUAUGGUGGAUGAAUUGUCUUGGCAUGCCCGUGUUACCAGGCACCUUUAUGAUGGUUCUCUUUGUGUGUAAUAGCUACUUACAGGGUUCUAAAUGAUGAGUUUGAACUAACCUAUUAUCCCUGAUCUAGUAUGAAAGCUCAAAUAGGAGGCACAACAGUGCAGGGUUCUGAACUGUUGCUGCUUUGUUGCUUCUGCAGAUAAAUAGGA